AUGACGAGGCCAGAUAGGCGGCACAACCUGAGGGACGAGAAGACGGCAAGGUUCGCCCGCCGUUCCUCAUCCUCGGUAGUGGUGAAGGAGGAGGUGAGCCCCCCAUCGAGGUUCAAGAGGACGUCGGCCUUCAAGAAGAAGGCCGUCCCGGCUGCCCUACCAGGGUUGAAGAAGAAGGCCGCCAUCAUCACUAUGAAGGAGAAGCACCUGGCGGCUUUGAUGAAGGAGAAGGCAGCGGUCAAGAAGCCAGCGGUGGUGCUCGCGGUGGACUCGGAUAGCGAGGAGGAAGGAGAACCCAUGGAGGUGAGGAAGAAGGAGAGGAAGGCCACGCAAGCGGCGGCUGCGGCGGCAUCUUCUUCCUCGGCCGCGUCAUCGAGGGUAGUGACCACCAAGAUGUGCGACCACUGCUUCGAGGGAGGAGCCAGGACGUGCCGUUUUUGGCUCCGCGGCGGCGUCAACUGCAGCAAAGUCAGUGGUUCAAGCUCCACUCAUGGCCAGCUCCCUCUAAGUACCAUGCACGAGGCCCUAGAGGCAAUGGUUCUGAAACCCAUCAUGAAGAGCAUAGGCGGUCUUCAGCGGAGUGUUGACAAACUCAAGAAAGAGAAGGCUGAGAACAAAGAGAAGGAGAAGCGUCCCAAGAAGAACCUGGAUGACCGUGGUGACCAACUAGCAUCCGUGGUUCCGAAUGUGCAUAACCUCUAG